UCGUUCGAAAAAUUGACAGCUGUCACGCCGGUUUUAUGUUAAUUUAAUUCUAAAUUUAUUUAAAAACAGAGCCGAAUUAAACCAAAAAUUAGUUUAUUGUUAAGUGAAAUAACGCGAUUAUGAAGUUUAUAAUGGAUAACCACUCGUGUAGCGUUUACGAAUUAAUCACAAAAUUAUGCGAGCGGAUGUUGAUUUCUUCUGGAAAAAAGCCCAAUAAGGAAAAUAUAAAGAAAUUAAGGGCGAUAUCGUACGAGAUCUUAUUAUCGAAGAAAAUAUCACGUUAUGUUGGACUAAAUCUUUUAGAAGACAACAAAGAUCCGAUUUGUAACUUAUUGGCGUGGCAACUCAUGCUUGUUUAUCGCUACAAACUACCUGAACACGCCAAAAAGAUCCAAAAUAACUUAGAUGUUUUAGAAAAAAGUGGUGCUAUAAAAGAUGAUGUGGUUAAAUCGGUUUUAUUCUUUUUAAUCCAACUUCGUAAUCCCCCGGAGAUAGAAUCUGGGAUUUCCUCACUCAGUUUAUUAUCAGGAGAGAGUUGCAUUAAAUAUCGAAUCUUUAGCAAGCACUCAUUCCAUUUAAAUCUUCCCCCAAUUUGUAGCAAUGCCAAAUACAACAAUUCAUCCUUUUAUUUCAACCCACCACCCUCAAAGUGUUGUGAUAAAAGAAAUUUUAAUUGUGAGGCUUGUAUGAGGUCACAAAUUAGGAGUUCAAGUUGCUCUUUAUUCAAAGAUUUAGAGAAAAAUGAUGAAGUGGAUCAAAUUGGGGAGGAGGAUUCGAUUAAAAGUAAAUUUGAGGAUCCAACAGAGAUUUGGGAGUUAGUUUCAAAGACUGUUUAUACUAAACAUAGGACUUGGGAGAGUUUGGGGAACCCCUGCCCAGAGAAAGAGAAAGAUUUCUUAACAGAUUCGUCUUUGGAGGUUAUUAAUUUAUUUCAUGAAUUUAUUCGGGGGAAAGAAGCCAAAUUAAAGCUAAAUUUCGACUCAAUUGGAGCUAAUAAAGUCGUAAAACGGGAGAGUUUCAUAAAACAUCUCAGAUUAUUGCUUGUUGGAACCUCAUCCGAUUCGUUCGAUUUAAACGAAAAUAACGAAAUGUUUUUGAUCAAAAACGUAACGAUUGAUGGGGUAUCUCGCGAGGCUUUGGAAGAUUACUCGAAAGAUUUGAUUUUUUGCGGCACCUUUUACCGCGUUUUGAACAAUUUUUGCCAAAUGGAUAUGAAAGGGUUCGUUUUGAAGGCGUUUUGUAACAGUUUGCAAGAGUAUUUGUCGUUUUAUCGAGUCGCGACGUUUACUAUCAGUGAAAAGAUGGGUUUAUUGUGUGUUUCUAAUCACAUGAAGCCGCUUUAUGAGCACCUGAAAAAUCUUAUUUCGAUUUGUCGGAUUGAUAGGUCUAAAAAUGGGGGAUUACCGAGUGCUGUUGAUUUAUUAAACGAUUUGUACGAGCGAUUGAGCGAUUUUCCAGUUAAGGAAAUUGGGAUGCUUUUGUGUUCGAGCUUCUCUACUUGCGUUCAAGUUUAUUUUGGCCGCUUUUUACAACAAUGGAUAUUCGACGGAAUUUUAAACGACCCCCACGACGAAUUUUUCAUCGCAAAUUCGCGAAAAUCAUUAAAACCAAUUUCCCGAUCAUAUUGGACGAAAUGUUUCGUAAUAAAAGAGGAAAAAGUCCCCGAUUUUUUAAUCGAUUUAGCUAAAGAUGUUUUAUAUUGCGGCAAAGUUAUGAAUUUAUUAAAAAUUUGCGCCCCAAAGAACCCACUUUGUAUUAAUUUAGUGGCACAAAAACGAGCUUUAUUGAGGUGUUGUUUAAGUUGGGGGGAAAUCUCGGAGUUGGAAGAAAACGUAAUUUGUUAUAAAUACGAGUCGAUUUUGAAAUGUGGCUCGAAGUUUAGUAUUAAAGAGUAUUUGUUGAAAAUUGAGGAGGAUGACGCGAUUAUUGCCGAUUUGGUUGUUAAAAAGCGGGCGGAGGCGAUUAAAAGAUUAGAGAUGGAGAAAUUAGAGGUGGCGAAUCGGUUGUUGGAGGAGAAACGAAGAAAUGUCGCGAUUCUUAAAGCUGAUUAUGACAAAGCGCUUUUAGAUAAAAAGGAGGCGAUUACGAGGGGGAUGUUGAAAGAGUUGGAGGUUAAAAGGGCGAAUUUGAAGCUUUAUUGUUUGAGGAAGCAGGUUGUGGAGGAGGAGGCGAAAAAGUUGGUUAAUUAUUAUGAUAAGUUGAUGGAGGAGUCGGAUAGGAAGCUUUUGGAUAUACAGAGGCAUCUUAAUCGGGGCAAAAUGAUUGAGAUUAAACCACAAGAGUCGUUUUAUUCGACUGUUGAAAUUAAAAGUGAUAGCAACUCUGAUUCGUCGUUCCAUUCGGCUAUUUCGAACGAUUUUGAUGAGAAUAACCCGAAUGAAGGUGAGGGUAAAAAAAUUGAAUUAACUCCGUUAAAAUUGACUCAAAACGUGGUUAAAGAAAAUAACAAAUCGAUUUGUUCGGAGUUAGACUCGAUUAAUGCGAAUUUGAUAAAUAACGAGGUUGAGAAUGAGUUAAUUAAGAUGGUGAGGGAGAAUAAAGAGGCGGCUUUAAAGAAUAAAAUGAGGGUGAUGUCGGACGAAAUGGGGUUUAUUUGGAAUAAUAAUAACAACAAAGAUUGUUGUGGGGAGCCAAAAAUCGAAUCGAAUCUAAACGUCGUAAACGAAAAUUUUAAAAAAAUCGACGAAAAUGUGUUAAAUAAUAAUAACAACACGAAAGAAAUAAGUUUAAUCAAGAACGAUCGGAAUUUAACGCUAAAUUUGACCCAAAACGAUUCAAAAACGAUUUUUAGCCAAUUUUGGAAAAGCCCAAAUUUCGAAUUUCCCAAACCGAUGUCGAUCGAUUCAACCCCCUCAACAUCAAUUUGUUCCAAAUCAACGAUCGAAUUCCAAUUCAACCCCACACCCACUUCACCAGAUCUAAACAACUUGGAAAAACAAAUCGAAAAAAGCGUCUCGAUUCCGCUAAAAGCUCAAAUUAAUCUGAUCGAUAACGAAUUAUUACGCCACUUUUUUGUUAAUUUGAAAUAUUUGGAUCAUUUGAAAUUGUUUCGGAGUUAUUUCUUUUUGUUGGAUGGCGAGUUUAGUCGGAAUAUAACGGAGGAGUUGUUUAAUAAGUUGUAUAAGGGGAAAGAUUCGAAACCGACGGAUUUGUUGAAUGUGAGUACUUUGCAAAAUUUGAUUCGACACGCGUUGGAUUCGUCGAUUAAAUCGAAGGGGGAGUUUGCCUCGAUUUUGUCGUUUAAGAUUAAUAAUAUUCCGAAGAAUUUCGAUUUGAACGACCCCGACGUGCUGAGUUGUUUGUCGCUGAGUUAUGAAGUAAAAUGGCCGUUAAAUGUGUUGUUGCCGAAGGAUAUCGUCGCGAAGUACGAUGAGGUGUUCAAAUUUUUGUUGAAGUUGAAUAUGGUGUCGUGGGUUUUGAAGGAGAUGUUUCAGUUGAUGGAAGAGUCUGAUAGGAAACUUUUGAAUAUACAAAAGCAUCUUAAUCGGACCGAAACGAUCGAGAUUAAACCACAAUAGUCGUUUUAUUCAACUAUUGAAAUUAAAAGUAGCGACAGCAACUCAGAUUCGUCGUUUCAUUCGGCUAUUUCGAACGAUUUCGAUGAUAAUAAACCAAAUGAAGGUGAGGGUAAAAAAAUUGAAUUAACUCCGUUAAAAUUGAUUCAAAACGUGGUUAAAGAAAAUAAUAAAUCGAUUUGUUCGGAGUUAGACUCGAUUAAUGCGAAUUUGAUAAAUAACGAGGUUGAGAAUGAGUUAAUUAAGAUGGUGAGGGAGAAUAAAGAGGCGGCUUUAAAGAAUAAAAUGAGGGUGAUGUCGGACGAAAUGGGGUUUAUUUGGAAUAAUAAUAACAACAAAGAUUGUUGUGGGGAGCCAAAAAUCGAAUCGAAUCUAAACGUCGUAAACGAAAAUUUUAAAAAAAUCGACGAAAAUGUGUUAAAUAAUAAUAACAACACGAAAGAAAUAAGUUUAAUCAAGAACGAUCGGAAUUUAACGCUAAAUUUGACCCAAAACGAUUCAAAAACGAUUUUUAGCCAAUUUUGGAAAAGCCCAAAUUUCGAAUUUCCCAAACCGAUGUCGAUCGAUUCAACCCCCUCAACAUCAAUUUGUUCCAAAUCAACGAUCGAAUUCCAAUUCAACCCCACACCCACUUCACCAGAUCUAAACAACUUGGAAAAACAAAUCGAAAAAAGCGUCUCGAUUCCGCUAAAAGCUCAAAUUAAUCUGAUCGAUAACGAAUUAUUACGCCACUUUUUUGUUAAUUUGAAAUAUUUGGAUCAUUUGAAAUUGUUUCGGAGUUAUUUCUUUUUGUUGGAUGGCGAGUUUAGUCGGAAUAUAACGGAGGAGUUGUUUAAUAAGUUGUAUAAGGGGAAAGAUUCGAAACCGACGGAUUUGUUGAAUGUGAGUACUUUGCAAAAUUUGAUUCGACACGCGUUGGAUUCGUCGAUUAAAUCGAAGGGGGAGUUUGCCUCGAUUUUGUCGUUUAAGAUUAAUAAUAUUCCGAAGAAUUUCGAUUUGAACGACCCCGACGUGCUGAGUUGUUUGUCGCUGAGUUAUGAAGUAAAAUGGCCGUUAAAUGUGUUGUUGCCGAAGGAUAUCGUCGCGAAGUACGAUGAGGUGUUCAAAUUUUUGUUGAAGUUGAAUAUGGUGUCGUGGGUUUUGAAGGAGAUGUUUCAG